AUGGGUGAUCCGUUUGUACGGCCCGGGCUGACGUACCAGCCUCACAUUGAGCAGGUCCUGCUGCGGAAUGAAGGGACGCUGACGUUGGAGAGCAGCAAAGACGACUGGUUGCGCUACCAACAUCGAGAUACACUGGCAAGUUUCAUCUUGCAUCGUGACCGCCUAGAGUAUCUUUCGCUGGUGGAGAAUGUCGCGCCCGCACGGAUGGAGCGCAUCCUAUUGGAGCGUGCUGUGGAUCCUACUCGAAAGCGGGAGCGUUCGAACACCUGA